UAUGGGGCUGAGGCGCGCUGUUGCAACACAUUCACUGGGUAUUUCACCGUAAAUCCGUAACACUGCACUGCUACUUAUUUUGAAGAUUAAGAAGAACAGCCUGGAAGAUUAAGAAGAACAGAUUAAGAAUGGACAGCCUGGUUGAAAAGUUGACAUCUCGAGCCUCUCAACAAGAGUCUCAAAUUGCCGAGCUGAAGCAACAGAUUCAAGAGCUUCAGAAUGGUGGCGUUGAGGAUUGGGAGCAGGUUCCUCCAGAACUUGAGAAACUCCAGACGGAGAAUCAGAAGCUCAAGUACCGCAUUUCGCAUCUAAAGAGGAGCAUUGUCGAGGAGGAGUCCCAAGGUGGCGAUGCAGCUGGAAACAACGUAUGCGGCAAGCUAACUGAGAUCUUUAGGACUGCCCUUCGUGUUGCGUACCCAGCCCUCACCAAUGCCCCUGUCGCAGUACAGCCCAGCCAGGUGGAGAAGUUUGGAGACUACCAGUGCAACAGUGCAAUGAUCAUUGCUCAGCAACUGAAGGCCCAGGGCUCUCCAGUCUCUCCAAGAGUCGUUGCCCAGCAGAUCCAAGCAAACAUCCCUUCAAAUGAUGUCAUUGAAAAGGUGGAUAUUGCAGGACCGGGUUUCAUCAACAUCCACCUCAAGAAAUCCUUCAUCACCCCCCUCGUCACCGGGAUCUUGACCCAAGGGGUGCUUCCUCCACCCCUCAGUAAGAAGAGGAAGGUCGUCAUUGACAUGUCCUCUCCCAACAUCGCCAAGGAGAUGCACAUAGGUCACCUGAGGUCAACUAUCAUCGGAGAGAGCAUCUCCCGGCUCAUGGAGUUCGUAGGACAUGAUGUGUUGAAGGUAAACCAUCUUGGAGACUGGGGCACUCAGUUUGGCAUGCUCAUCACCCAUCUUGCCGAUCAGUUUCCUAACUAUCUCAACGAGUCUCCUCCCAUCCAGGACCUUCAGAAGUUUUACAAGGAAUCUAAGGUGAGGUUUGAUGGAGAUGAAGAAUUCAAGAAGAGAGCUUACAAGAUGGUGGUCAGACUCCAGGGUGGUGAGCCAAGUAUCAUCAAGGCUUGGGAACUCAUCUGUGAUAUCUCAAAGACAGAAUUCAACAAGAUCUACGCCCGUCUUGAUGUGAAGAAUCUAAUCCCAAGAGGAGAGUCCUUCUAUCAAGAGAGGAUGAAUGUGGUGGUGCAGAAGCUGGAGGCAGGAGGACACUUGGAGUUUGACGACGGCAGAAAGAUCAUGUUCACCCCUGACAGCGCAGUGCCUCUGACUAUUGUCAAGUCUGAUGGAGGCUACACCUACGACACGUCGGACAUGGCUACCCUCUACCAAAGAGUGCAUGAGGAUAAGGGUGAAAGGCUCAUAUAUGUGGUGGAUGCGGGGCAGGCAACUCAUUUUGAUGCCAUCUUCAGUGGAUGUCGCAAGCUUGGAUGGUAUGAUCCCAACAACGUCAGGAUAGAGCAUGUCAGCUUUGGUGUAGUCUUGGGAGAGGACAAGAAGAAGUUCAAGACCCGCUCUGGAGAUGUAGUUAAACUGGUAUCGCUCCUGGAUGAAGGAUUGAGGCGAUCAUUGGAAACACUCAAGGAGAAGGGUAGAGAUAAGGUCUUGACGGCUGAAGAACUCAAGGCAGCCCAGGAGUCUGUAGCUUAUGGAUGCAUCAAGUACGCUGACCUCAGCCAUCGUAGGACCAACGACUACAUCUUCUCAUUCGACAAGAUGUUGGAAGACAAGGGGAAUACGGCCGUCUAUCUUCUCUAUGCUUACACCAGGAUCAGGUCGAUCUCCAGGAAAGCCGAGGUGCUGGCCGAGACCCUGAAGGAGGCUGCCAAGACCACGUCCAUCCCCGUCGAGCACCCCAAGGAAUGGAAGCUAGCCAAGUGCCUUGCAAGGUUCCCUGAGAUCAUCUCACGUACGCUUGACGACCUCUUCAUCCAUGGCAUCUGUGAUUACCUGUACGAGGUGGCCAACACGUUCACAGAGUUCUAUGAAGUCUGCUAUUGCAUCGUGAAGAAUAAACAGACAGGAGAAAUCGAGAGUGUUGACACAGGUCGCCUGCUGCUAUGUGAAGCUACCGCGGCAAUCAUGGCCAAGUGCUUUGAUAUUCUGGGACUACACCCUGUGGAGAAGAUGUAGAAUUUCAUUUCAUGUUUUUUGCCAUAUUUUUUUCUUCGGGGCUUUAUGUAAGGAAAACAAAAUUCAACGAACCCUAAGCUGGUAAUAUUUAGAGUAUCAUGUUUAAAAAUGUCUUGAAAUUAACUUUCCAAAGUUUGUACUUUCCUUUGUUGCCAUUUUAAUUAGAAUAGUGAUAUAAAUUGUUGUACAAGCUGUGAGAGAUACCUAAUCACCAGUUAAAUUUGUAGCAAUUUUGAUCAUUUCGGUAAUGCAUUCAAUUGUCUGCCAGUUUGCUUGGACAGUUUCGUUCCUUAUGUAACACCAUGUGUAUACCGUCUGACAUCACUGUUUUAAUCAAACUGGCAACUCGCAUGGUAGGAAGGAAACUACAAACUUUGGAAAGAUUUAUUGAAAUGUGAAAUCCCUUCAGGUUUAAAUAUUACGAAACCGAAAUUAGUAUUUUGUUUAGUAAUUUUGAUUUAUUUACGAUUCUUGCUACUAGUCUCAUUUAGAGUAAGCUAUUACAUUGAUCAAAGGUAGCAUUCCUCUCUUUUAAUUGAGUCAGAGACAUCUCAUUGUGAUGAGUAAUACACAUCUUGUUUUUCAGAAUAAAACUAAAACUAAUUUUGUAUGGAGAUCCAACUUUUGUUAAAAAUAAUAGAUGAACAAUGGCAAUGUGUAAGAAAAAAAACUUGGAAUUUCCCUCAAGAUUUGACCAGAAGACUAUCCUGUAAGAUUAAACCCUUCAAAAUAACAUUGUAUCUGUCAGGUUUGGCCCACAGAACCCCUGAAAACUAUGGCUGUACAAAUCGGAAAGUGGUCAAGUAUAAAAGAAAAUAUUUUUACCUGAUUAAGUUUAUGUCAAUUGAUCGUUUCAUUAAAACUGUGUUGGUUACAAGCAGCCAAAAAUUAUUGACAGGAUUAUGUAAACACGCCCUCAAUCAUGUCUUUUGAUCUUCGGGCGAAUAGGGGUGACAACCUUUUUGCCAAUGAGUUAAAGUCAUUUAACCCAAUAAGCCAUAAGUCUUUGUGAAGUGCCUCAAUACAAAUUAUUAAGUCACCUGGUUAGAAUAAUAGUAUUUUGAUAGUCGGAAUGCAAACUGCAUAUAUUAAGUGUUGCUAGGUAGGUCACUCCAUAAUGUUUGAUCUACCUGGCAACAAUGAAUGUAUUCAUUUCGGUCUAUUGAAAUACUAUUAUUCUUAUCAGGUGAAUGAUAUAAUUAAAGUGGGACUUCAGUACUUGCGCCCUUUAUAUAGCCAACAAUGAUUAAGCUGUCCCCCAUUUCUUAUGUCAUUCAGAGUUGAUGUGAUAACCACCUGGCCAAACUACUGCAGAGGUUUCUAAAACGCAGUCAGAAAUUUUGAAUACAUUACUAUGAAAAAUAAAACAAUAUUCAGAAAGAA